GCGGAAGGCGCGGCGGCUGCGGAGUGUGUGAGGCGAGAGGCGGCGGGAGGGCGGGGGCGCCCGACGGCGGCGGGGGGCCGCGGCGGCGCGAGGCCCGAGGGGAGGGGGCGCGAUGCUGGAGACCCUGCGCGAGCGGCUGCUGAGCGUGCAGCAGGAUUUCACGUCCGGGUUGAAGACUUUAAGUGACAAAUCAAGAGAAGCAAAAGUAAAAAGCAAACCCAGGAGUGCUCCAUACUUAACAAAGUACUCCGCUGGACUGGAAUUGCUUAGCAGAUAUGAAGAUACGUGGGCUGCACUUCACAGAAGAGCAAAGGAAUGUGCAGAUGCUGGAGAGCUGGUGGACAGCGAGGUGGUCAUGCUCUCUGCCCACUGGGAAAAGAAGAGGAGCAGCCUGUCUGAGCUGCAGGAGCAGCUGCAGCAGCUGCCAGCUCUCCUCCAGGAUUUGGAGUCCCUGAUGGCAAACCUGGCUCAUUUGGAGACCAGUUUUGAAGAGGUAGAAAGCCACCUGCUGCAUCUGGAGGAUUUGUGUGGGCAAUGUGAAUUAGAGAGACACAAACAUGCACAAUCCCAACACCUGGAAAACUAUAAGAAAAGUAAGAGGAAGGAGCUGGAAGCCUUCAAAGCUGAACUAGAUGCAGAGCACACGAAGAAGGUCCUGGAGAUGGAGCACACCCAGCAACUGAGGUUGAAGGAGCGGCAGAAGUUCUUUGAGGAAGCCUUCCAGCAGGACAUGGAACAGUACCUGUCCACAGGUUACCUGCAGAUUGCAGACAGGCGAGAGCCCAUGGGCAGCAUGUCAUCCAUGGAGGUGAAUGUGGACAUGCUGGAGCACAUGGACCUGGUGGACAUCUCUGACCAGGAGGCUCUAGAUGUCUUCUUGAACUCCAGUGGAGAGGACAACACUACAGGGCUGUCCCCUGGUUCAGAGCUUGAAUCCAACCCCUGUCAGAAUGAAAUGACUCUCCAGAUUCCAAAUCCCUCAGAAUCAGCACUCCAGCCACCUGCCUCACCCUCUGCCUGCACUGAUCUGGACGCAGUGGAUGCCCCCCUCAUCCAGUCUGAUGAGGAGGAUGUACAGGUGGACACUGCCUUGGUCACAUUACACACUGACAGAAAGCCCACCCCAGGUGUCAGUGAUGACAGUGACUCAAGCCAGGAUGUUUAAAUGACUUGUCAGCUGUGUGCAGAACCUCCUGCAAAGCCAGGUUCUUAGAGGGUUUUGUGUGUGAGAACCAUUAGAGAAGAGCUCACAAUAAAGCUGUGGACUAAAUAUUAA